UACAGUUUCAGUCCUAAAUUUGCAUUGGAUUUGAAUAAGAUGUUGAAAUUGAAACCACACACUGAAUACGUAAUCCAUUCAGAUCAUCAUUGGACCAAACACGUCACAUGACCAAAACUGUCCAAAUGUCAUUUCUUUCUUUUCUCGUCAAGCUGUCCUUGGCUCUCCGCAAACCCCUCCCAAUUCCAUAGUGAGGCUUCCCAUGGAUUUGCAAGUGGCAUGAGUCACAAUAACCAUUUAAAAGGCUUUCUCAUUAACCAGAACUUCCAUCUCCAUGUGUUUAAACUAGGCCACUACAAUUCAUAUAGCGUAAAGUCUGUGAAAUGCAUGUCAUGCUUCUCUCGUGCUGUGUCUUGGUCUUGCUCAUGCCUGGUCCGUGUUUUACGGCACCCACAUUUAUGCCGGAGACAGAGAGCUCUCCUUCCACAGAACCACAGGUUGACUUGAAGCUGGCCACAGAAUACCUCCAGCAAUACUACAACUUGGAAAAAGAGCCUAUGGGGCGCAUAAAGCGGAGUGGGCCUUCCUUCACCUCAAAGGUGAAAGACAUGCAGAUAUUCUUUGGGCUCAAUGCAACAGGUGUGCUGGACUCUGACACCCUGGAGCUGAUGAGGAGCCCCCGCUGUGGCGUUCCAGAUGUGGAGGAGUACAGCCACAUCCAGGGGGCACGAUGGAACAAGAAUGUCAUCACCUACAGCAUUGGCAGGUACACCAGAGAUUUGCCUCGCAACACUGUGGACUCACUGGUUGACUCAGCUUUCAGCAUUUGGGCCAGAGCCAGCAGCCUGACGUUUGUCAGAUCACACACCCGCAACGCUGACAUCAUGGUGGAGUUUGUGACCCAUGAACACGGUGACUUGUACCCAUUUGACGGACCCAGAGGCACACUGGCUCAUGCCUUCGGUCCCGGGCGGGGCGUUGGAGGGGACACGCACUUUGAUGACGAUGAGCACUGGACAGCAGGAGACACUGGUUUUAACCUGUUUGUUGUAGCUGCACAUGAAUUUGGCCAUGCUUUGGGCCUGAAGCACUCCAGAAACCCAGAGUCACUGAUGUACCCAACCUACACAUCCUCCCGUUCAGCCAACCUGUUAUCCAGAGAGGAUGUAGCAAAUGUCAACGCACUUUACAGACCAGUCAGAGGUCGUCCAAAUUACUUUCCAAGGUUUGGUUGGAGCUCUCAGAAUAACCCCAGGCUAUCAGGGUCACUGUUCCCUCAACUCAUGCAGAACAAAUGUGCUUCAGACCUGACCUUCGACGCAGUGUCCACUCUCGGAGAUGCCACCUUCUUUUUCAGAGAAAGAUAUCUCUGGAUUAAACAUAAUGAGCAAUAUGACAUUAAAGAAGGCCCCAUAUCCAACUUUAUGCCUAAGAUUGAAACCAGUAUCGAUGCGGCCUUCUGGGUGCCUCGCAGAUCCACAGCGUACCUUAUUCACGAAUCCAUGUUCUGGACAGUGAAAGGCUCUCUCGUGAAGGGAAAGCCCAGAGCGCUCAGCCAUUUUGGAUUUCCAGCCUGGGUCCAGGAUGUUGAUGCAGCAGUGCACAUCGUGAAAACGGGACGCACCCUUUUCUUUAUGCAUGAUAUUUACUGGAGUUACAAUGAAAACCGAAGGGUUAUGGACUUUGGUUACCCAAAGUACAUCAGCGAGGACUUUCCUGGAGUCAACACAACAAUAAAUGCAGCUUUUAGCAAAGACGGUUUCAUUUACUUCUUUCUUGGACCACAAGUCUACAAAUUUGACUACACCCAGAAACAAGUUGUCGGAGUUGAGAAAGCAAAUUCCUGGCUUGGAUGUUGAAAUACUGUACUCCAUGAGCAUUCAGCAAGGAAAACAUCUGAAUACCUUGAUUAAGUUAAACAACGAGGAGAGAAAAACACUGUGCUUCUUCACUUUUGAGUGGAGAUUUAUUUAUCAGUAAUAUUUUUUCAAAAUAAAAUAAUUAACAU